AUGUCAUCUCUUGUGCCAUUAGACCCAUCACUACCACCUUUUUUGCAACCUUACCUUCCGCGUGAUGUGUCUGACUCUCUGUUCCCAUUUAUUCUCCUUACUUGGGCUCAAUCGCUUGAUUCGAGGAUUUCGCUAGAACCAGGUGUUCAAACUAUCAUAUCGCUGAAACAGACAAAAACCAUGACGCAUUAUAUCCGGACGCAAUUCUCAGGGAUUCUUAUUGGCAUAGGGACUUUUCUAGCUGAUGAUCCGGGGUUGAAUUGUCGAUACGGUAAUGCUAAUAGCAUUAGACCGAUUAUUGUCGAUCCUCAUUUCCGGAGCCGUGAGAAAUUAAAGACUCUGCGACUUGUAAGACAAGUCAAUGAAAAAACCGGGUUAGUACCAAUCAUCCUAAUUGACGAGAAUUUGAAGGACUCAGUCUGCUCUUUGGGAGAUUUUUUAAAAGGCACCGUUCAGUUGGAGUUCUUGCCUACUGAUAAUAGCGGAAGGUUUAAUUGGACUAGGCUAUUCCAACGGGUGAGAUCCAUCGGUAUUGGUUCAGUAAUGGUUGAAGGUGGAGGACUGAUAAUAAACAAUUUGCUAUUGCUGAAACGUGAAAAUGGUGAGCCGAUAAUUGACGCUAUUGUGGUGACGAUCGGUCCCAGAUUCUUGGGAGCAAAGGGAACUGAGGUGAGCCCAUUACAUUCUGUUGAAUUGAAAGAUAGGAAAUGGUGGGCAGGGGAUUGCGGAGAUGCAGUAUUUGCUGGAAGAGUUGCAUAA